AUGUACAACCAAAAAACCUUUGAAACAUCUGAAUAUCCUAUGGGGUCGCACACAAUCGUUGUCACAUACCUUGGAGACUCUUCAAAAACACCUCUGACUCUUGAGUAUCUUGUCGUACAAAAUGGGACUUUCCCUUCCGGUAAUUCAUCGUCGCCAACUACUGGUGGUAACGAUGCAAAUGGCUCGGCAGGUUCUAGUCACUCGAGCAACGUUGGCAACAUUGCUGGUGCAGUAGUUGGUGGAAUAGUGUUCAUCAUCCUGGCUACCCUUGUUAUAAUCUAUUUUUGCCGUUGGGGUCCGAAGCGUGAUCGACAACUUUUGUAUAACCACGGCCACGAUUCCGACAACGCUGUCGAGCCAUUCCAACUUACUCCCAGCAUUUUUCCCGCUCCAACCAUCUAUUCACAGUAUUCAGCUGUCCCGAAUACUGCAGACAAUCAGACGCAACAUUGGAAUGUUCCCAAUCAGACCAUCAAGAGCCUGAAUUCCACUUUGCCACGGACCUCGGUUUCAGGUGGGACACCGUCUCCGACGGGACACAAUGGCAUUACUCCCUCUUCACAUUCCAGAGCGGCAGACAUAGGCGUCCUUCCGAAUCCAGCAAAUGAGGUGGACGCGGGCAGCAGCUACCCAAGACGAGAGCAUGAAGCUUCUGUCGCAGUUUCUCGGCCACAGCUUGCUGCACAGCCAGUACUGUCACCAGAGCAAAAUGCAUCAUCUGGUGUGGAGCCUUCACGGUUGGUUAUGCAUGAGGAUAGCGGGAUUCGUUUGCCACUCUCUACAAGUAAUGGUGUGGUAGAAGUUCCUCCAAUGUAUACCACAAUACGCCCAUCAGGCGCCCGAGAGCUGCUUGAGAAUCGAGACACAAAACGAGAGAAUUGA